AAUAAUUUCGCGAGGCUGUCGAGGUCGCAUCACGCAAAAUCAUAACAACACAAUUUCUGAAAUCAGUCCACUGAAAACACCAUCAAAUUCGGGGUAAAAUACUCCCCCUUUCCCCUUAAUUUCCUGCUUUGUAGUCACCCAAGGUCACAGUGGAGACCCUAUAGGGCAAGUCAGGUAGGAAAGAAGGGGAUUCUGCCGACCGAAACCGGAGAAAUGGAGGUGGACGCACCACAGGUCGUGGAUUUCGUCGAGCAAAAUGGAGACGUGUCGAGCGACGAAGCAGACGGCAACAACAACCCGUCUGCAGAAGGUGACGGUGUUAAUGGCGGUCCUAUCUCCGCUCUCGAGGGCAGAAUCACCCGAAAAGCUAAGCGUAGACUCCGCAAGAGCCCUUCUAAGGAAAACCCACCGGUCCUCAUUAACGGACUUGUUACCGUUCCACAGAAGGAGAAGAAUUUGCGAAAGUCUCGCAGCGGUCGGGGCCGUGGACUCCCCAAAAAGGGUGGAGCAGGAGGCAAGGGCACCUGGGGAACACCUGGCCUGUAUGAAGAGAAUGAUGCUAACUGCCAAGAUGUUAAUGAUCCUAACUAUGACUCCGAUAUACAGGCUGAGAUUGCCAUGAAGACCAUUACUCCCAAACUGAAGGGGGAGGAGCUACAGGAAAUGGUGGAACCAAUCAUACAGGAGUAUUUUGAGCAUGGAGACAGUGACGAAGUGGCGGCUUGUCUGUCUCAGCUGAACAUUGACGACACUGAUCGUCAUGAGGUCGCCACCGUUGCUGUCUCCUUAGCCAUGGAGAAGAAGGACCCAGAGAAAGAAAUGACCUCUGUGCUGCUGUCUGACCUCUAUGGGUUAAAGGUCAUGACGGAGAUAGAGUUGGAGGCUGCGUUCCAGAUGUUGCUGAACGACUUGCCCGAUCUUAGUCUGGAUACUCCUGAAGCUCCUUCUGCUUUGGGCAAGUUCAUAGCUCGUGCCAUCGCUGAUGAUUGCCUUGCUCCCAGAUUUGUCCAGAAGUGGAAGGAAGAUGUCCAUGAGGAUCACAUGAGUCACCAGGCGUUGGAUGGUGCUAACCUGCUGCUGAAUAUGAAGCAUGGCAUGCUGAAACUGGACAAUGUCUGGGGUGUGGGAGGGGGCCGUAGACCCGUCAAAGUACUCAUCAAAAAGAUUUUGCUGCUUCUUAAGGAGUAUCUGUCAUCUGGAGACAUUCAGGAAGCCAUCCAUUGCUUGCAGGAUCUGGAUGUGCCUCACUUCCACCAUGAGCUUGUCUAUGAGGCUAUCUACAUGGUCCUGGAGCAAUAUGAGACCGUGGAGCGAGUUGCGUCUAUCAUGGCCCAGCUACUGAAAUCACUCUUUGACAGUAACAUCAUCACGAUUGAUCAGAUGAAGACUGGAUUCCGACGCAUAUUCACGGCUCUGCCAGACAUAGUGAUUGACGUCCCGCAUGCCUUCGCUAUUCUGGAGAGGUUUGCUGAUAUUUGUCGCCAGCAAGGUGUCAUCUCUGCCCAGCUGAAAGCAGAGGUGCCGACUAGAGUUCGCAAGCGUUUUGUCUCGGAGGGCGACGGUGGCCGUCUGAAGGACUAAAACCAGUUUGACGUCUCUCAACACCCCAGCCAAUAUACAUACCAUUAGAUGAGGUAAACCCUUGUCCAUGCUUCAUACAAACUCAAAAAGUUGCACAAAUUCUCUGACGAAAGAUGUCAGAAAAAAAAAAAAAACUACAAUCGGUGACUCAAUUUUUGUCUUGGCUUUGGAUUUUGUAUGAAGUGUGGACCUGUUUUCAAUGCUGAUAAUCAAUUGUUCAUUGCUUGUCACUAGAGGGCGCUGAACCUGUCAUUGCAGCCUAUCGUAUCGAAUGCCAUUGAUAUUCGAUGAUCAUUGAAACAAAAAAUUGAAGUAAGUAGAAUCCAGCAAGUACUGGCAUCUAAAGUAUAGUGGUUUAUAUACAUUAUCCAUUUGUUCUGGAAGGAAACACAAGGCAUUGUGGGUAGCUUAUUGGAUAUUUCAGUAGCUUGAACAGCGCCCUCUAGGUACAACACGAGCAAUUUCGUUCAGUAUGUCAAAUCAUUGUACAUUGGUAAAGUGUUAAUAUAACAUGUCCCUAAUGUAAUCCGGCAGGGGUGUCCAUAUUUUCCGAAGUAGACUAUUAACAAAUGGAAAGAAAAACAGGAGAAAACUGCAUGCUUAAAAAAAAAAAUGUAAAGAAUAACCUGGAUAAAAAUUACCUUUGUACCAGUAAAUUAUACAUGAACUCUUUAUUCAGGUCAGAGUUUUGAGAGUUUGAAAACAGGAGUCUUUGGUAUUGGUUGAAUCCAUGUACAGAGUUUGGAUGAAAUGUUGGGUUUUUUUGAGGUGUUGGAAUUUUCAAGCCUUGCUUUUAAUGAGGGUUCAGUUGAAAUUAAUUGCGUACAAAGUCUGAAAUUGUGUUAAAUGAUUUAUGAUCCUUUGUAAAUUGAUGUAGUUUGAAAAAACCAACGGUUACUUAAGAUCAUUAUAUGACAAAGAUACUAAAACAAAAUUGGAAGUUAUAAAUGAUUUACUACAUGUCUCUAAAAUGUUUUGAUGGGAAAACAAAAUUGAUGGAUGCAUCAACAUUGUUGGUACGAAAAAAAAAUAACCGACGUGCGGAUUGUACAUUGUAUUAUUCAUAAGAGUUCUAUUCAACUAUUUUCUCUUUAGAUUUGUCUAUUUUGAUAAAAAUAUAAACACUGAUGCAAAGGAGAGCAGCUUUUCUGGCAUUCAGAUGUCUGUUGAUUGUUCAGAGAUAAAUACACAAAAAACGGUUAAUACAGUUCCCCAAGAUUAUCAAGGAAUUUUACUGUUUCAUCAUUCAGCAAAAUUGCUAAUUUAAUAAAGUACAUUGCAACUUGUACAUCUGAAAUGAGAGUUCUUGAGUCAAAACGAUACUGUGAAACAGAAUUAUCUUGAUCAGUGGUUAAACAGGUUUGACCCAGAACAUUUCCUCUUGAGACCCGACUAAAUUCUAAUUUUUACAAUAUCUGAGAAAACCCCUUUUCAGAUCUUAAAAAUUGUUAGCCUAAGUUAAGUGAAAAAAAAGGCACAUUACAACAUAAUUUGUAAAUGAUAUAGGGUUGUUUUGAGGUACAUUGAGUCACAAAAUCUUCUUUUUUUCGUUCUUGCAAUUUGCUUACAAUUUUUGUUAAAAGUUUAUACACAUUUUCUUUCUCUUAAAACUGAAGUUGUAUGUAAAAAGUAUCGGGCCUGUAUUAAUUUUUUGUUGGAUUACUUUUAAGCUGUAAAAUCUGAAUUCCAUUGACGUUUAUCAACGUUCUGGUCAUAAUUUCAUAACGGACAUUGGAACACAUCGCAAUUAUUUUGAAUAUUUUACAUCAUGAUGGAUUUUGCUCCAAGCAGUUUGAUAUUGUUUUGACUAAGGCCAGUUCAGAUUUAAUUGAUGCUUUUCAUGAAAUAAACAGACCAGUGACAUCAACAGAAA